CGAGUGGCUUAAUGUUAAGGAGCUUUUUAGGAUGUAGCUUUCGGUGUUAUGAACAGUUUGAAGUCAGUCACGGUAGGUUUCUCCAAUGAUAUUGCUAACAAACGUGGACCCGAUAAUGCCAACUCGAGCAAUUUGCACAAACUCUUCCAAAAUCUGCCCAAAAUUCAGAGUCUCAAGCUUGAAAAUUACUCUCUGAAGAAUCGUGCCAAGGAUCAACAGACUACAAGGAUCGGGACAAUGGCCGACUUUUGGGAAGACCACCGUGCGUGUUGCCUAGAACAAGCCCAAGUUGUAUCAAUGGGCAGCAUUUCUGGCAGUGAGCUAGAGCUGGAAUUGAUGAAGUUUAUGCUUACUAGCCCGCCGAAACUACAAACGAUGACGAUCCGGCCAAAUUCCACAUGUGAAGAAGGCAAGUUGCUCAGGGAAUUGUUGCGGUCUCAACGAGCCUCAACGCAAGCAGAGGUGAUCUUUACCUGAUCCUGUUGAUCCGGCAGCCAACCCACGUUAAGAUUGAAUUACGCAUAGGAGUAACAGCCACUGCAAUUGUUUUGCUAUGCUGUGUUGAACUUGAAUAUACUGUUAAAGAGUUCUUUU